CGGCGGUCAGUCGAAUGCCGGCACGCGGCGAAAGAUGACGUCCGAAGAGCGCGAGUGUGUCGCAUGGCGCGCGCGGCCGCGCGGCUCGUGACGGCGGCCGCGGCAUGUGAUGUUCCGGAGACGCGGCCUGCGCCGGCGGCUGGCUUCUGCCGGCGCGCCCUCGGUGCCCGACGACCAGCUGCGGCGGCUGGCGCGCGCCAUCGACGCGGGCGCCGCCGGCGAGUGCGUGCCCGGAGACGUCCAGCUCCGCCUCGCCGUCACCCGUGCCUUCAGGUUCCCCGACGUCCGCGAGCUGGCUGAGGUGCGCCGUCUGCCGCUCUGCUCCGAGCCCCACUGCUGCAACCCUCACCACUGGAGCCGCCUCUGCAAGCCCGAAACCCCUCCCCCACCAUACAGCCGGUACGCAAUGGAUGACGUCAAAGCUAAAGAACAUGGCGAGAGUACAGCGGAUGCCAGGCGGACUGAUCAUGAGCGGCUACCGACGGGGUCACUGGCCACUGAUGGAGAAGAGAAACCUAGCUGGGAAGCGGAGUGGUGCCGGCUAGCUUAUUGGGAGCUGACGCGGCGCGUGGGCCGCCAGUUCGGUGUGCGCGUGCGCGCCGUCGAUGUGUUCGGCGGCAGCGACGGCGCAUGCGGCUCUGGCAGGCACGGGCUGUGUCUCGAUGCGCUGGACACCCGGGGCGACGCGCCGCAAGUUGAACAGGUGCGAAAAACCCGAGCGAAGAUCGGCCUAGGAGUGACCUUGUCGUUAGAAUCCGACGGGGUCUGGCUAUACAAUCGGAGUCAAGAGCCGGUCUUCGUGAGCUCGCCAGCGCUAGAUGCUGCAGCCGCUAAGGCCUUGCUAGUCUGGCGGGUUGCCCCUGGACACUGUCUCUGCAUCUUCGACCCUGCCGCUCCCCCACCCGCUACCUCUCUUCCCAAUAUCGGGCCAGUGGAUCCCCGGUCUGUGAGGAUCUCCUUCGCUAAAGGCUGGGGCCCAAAGUACUCCAGGAGAGAUGUAACGGCGUGCCCCUGUUGGUUGGAGGUGUUGCUGCCCCCGGCAAGCUGACGCAAAGACUAGAGUGAUGUGGUGUUCUUAAUUCAAACUGGCGGUCUGUUCUGGCAUUUAAUUUUGAAAUGGAUUUAAAAACUUACGUCUCUUUUAAUUUAUUUUAAUUUCAAUUUUGCAUGCUGCCUGCAAGUCUAAAUAGACUUUUUUAAAUAUUAAAUUUUUAAAUCCAUUUUAUUUUUUUAUAAAGGAACAUUCUGCAGUGCAUUUUAGACAAAAAAGUGGAAAACAGACCAAAAGUGUUGUAGAGAGUGGACAUUUUGAUAUACACAGACAUUUUCGAGAAUUCGUUGGUUUAUAUUUACCAGUACAGUAAGUGCUAUGUGUAACUGAGUACAUUGUUGAAUGAAAUCUUUGCGCAAAAUAGCGGGGGAUUUUUUUAUUCAUUUUAAUAGUAAGUACGUAAUCAGUUUUACAAAGCAUUGAAUAUGUUAUAAAAUAAAAAUACGUUAUAUUAUUACUUUAAAUUUCCGAUUCCAUCGGUAUUGUUUUCAAAAUAUGAGGAUUAUAAGGAUUACAUCUUCAUUAAACAACUUUAUUUAAAUGUUUCGUUAAAUCUUCAAUGUAUCCAAUAUAUCGAAGAUGUUUUGUACCAGACUAAUCAUCAAUAUUCACAAACGCGUAAAAUGAGGCCUUUUGACUAGUGAUUCAAACAUUGUGAUCGAAAGAUUUCGUGAGAAUUUAUAAUGAAACAAGAUGCGUUUGAAAUAUUUCAAAGAAAACUUUUGGACAUUUUUUAAUUUUUCGUUACUUUUUUCUUUAUUUGGAUAUGAAUUUGUUUAUUAAACUACUCGCUCAGAUUGGAAAAGCCAAUUUUGUUGUCGAGUACAUUUUUAUACACCAUUUGUUUUCUUGAAAAAUAUUCAGCGUUAUCUCAAUUACCGAGGCCUUACAUUCAAAAAAACUAUGUAGGUACCAUUUUGUAUAGUGUUCAUCUAUACAUUUUUCUACAAUUGUAUAAUAUUGUAUAAAACUCGGCUUUAAGACAACGCGAGACUGUAUAUAUAAAAGUUUAUGUAAAGUAAAUAUUUGUAAUAACUACCUACUUAUUUAUAAUUUUAAAUAUGCCUUACCUUAGCUUGUAAAGUUAUUUAAGUCUAGAGUAUAGUUGUAUUUCAUUUUUGUACAAAAGUUAAUUUGACACAAUUUUGUAUUGCGAAUUGAUAAAUUGUUUAAUGCGAAGAAGGCUGUGUGAAAAGCAUUUCUACUGACUUCAGAGGAUAGGUGGAACUGGGUAGUGGCAAUAACUUUUCGAAAAACAAUUUUACUGAUGAUGAAUGAAUAAUAAGGCGGUGGUUAGACGCUGUCGUCUGGUCAAGUCAAAAUGAUUGUUAUAAAUCCAACAGAUACUUUUCGGCACUUACCUUAAUUGUUUUUAUUUCGAAAAAUGUGAUGUCACAAACCCAGUUUAUAAAGUGUAUCUGAGACCGCGUCGUGAAGUGGGAGCAACACAAAACCUCUAGUUGUUUAGCCUCACUUUGAUCUUUUAGUUUGUCUAAUCAAAAAAAGAUCUGCCAAUAUACAUAGUUUUAUAAAACCUAGUGCAAUCAACUUGAUUUUUAUAAACAUAGAUAGGUGAAUUGUCUAAAACAGAUUAUAAAACAUAGUGCCUUGCGUUGUAUUCAAAUAUGAUUAAAUAAAAUUUAUAAUCCGAAAAUUAUAUAGGGUAAACAGUCAAUUUCACUGGCCUAUACGAAUAAGUCUAAACAUAAUAUAUAUGUAUACAAAAAUAAUGUUUUAAAUAAGGAACUAUUGUGGCAAAUUGUAUUACGUAAUUUAGCCAGGUUUGGUUUCAUAAUUAUGUCUUCUUUUAAACUUGUGCCUUUUCUCGGGUCAUAGAAAUCAAAUCAUAUUAAAUCCGCCAUGCAAACAUUUGGCUGUCAAGUUUGGGACAUACUAUGACAAAUUUAUAAAAUUAUUCAAUGCAACGUACCACUUAAGUACUUAAACUUUCAUUAUGUUGAUAGAAAACAACCAUAAAUAAUUGAAUCGUACAGAGAAAGGAUUUCCACAACUCGGCUGCAAAAAAAAAGUCUUAAUAAUUUUAAGUGGCUGCAAAUACAAGCUCGUAUUUAAGGAUAUAACGCUUAGAACAAAGUGAGCUGACUUGACAAUAAGAUAUUUCAUUCUAGUCUUAGAAAAAUCUUGUUUUGUCAAUAUCCAUAAGUAAUUCAAUAAUUAGGGCAUACUUACAAGAGGCCAGUUUGUGAAAAUAUACCAAAAUUUAAUAGAUUGGUAAUUUUCUACGAAUUUUUUAAUCUGUAUGAAAUCACUUGCUGCAAAAAUUGUGCACAAUUUUGUGAAAAUGAACACGAGAUAUUCGGUAAAUAUACUUUAAAUUAUAUAAUGAAGUUGUACAUAAUAUGCUGUCACAAAUCGCAAACCCAGCAUAAUUCCGUCGUUAAAAAGUUAUGAUGUUAUUUAUUUGGAAAAUUUUAACGAAUUCUGCUAUUUUAGUCAUUGCAUUAGACUGAUGUAGCGCCUUAAACAACAAAAAGCAUGAUUUUGAACAAUGUGUAAUAAUGAUAUGAAACGAGGCACUUGCAUGUUAAUUUUGUGUCGAAAAAUUGUGAACUUUCAAAAUGUUGUUGAAAUAAAUUUGAGAUGAUAUACAUUGUUGAAAAUAUGUUGAAGCUAAAAUAUUAAUAUAAAGUAGAUAGUAACUGUUCUCCCUGAUUCGCUGGUACCGUGUAGAGGACGUGGCAGCCUGGGUUCGAGUCUGUUGUACCUCGAGGCAAGGCAGCCACACCAACCUUUGUGAGUCUGACAGACGAUGGAUGAGAUUAUGGUAUGAUAAAUUAUAAAUAAAGAAAGAGAAUAUUUUUAAAAAG